AUGUCAGCGCCAACCGACCUGGCAGGGAACGCUGCGAAGGAACUGGCUUUGACUUCCACGCCUUCCAAGGAUCCGCCGCCGCCGCCGACCUGCGUUGCCGUUUCUACUCUGCAUAUCAGUCGUUUCUGUCCGCUAUUCCGCCACGAAAAGCCAGCGCCUUUUGGACAGGCUGCGUCUGAAAGACUCUCUCUCGCUACACGGGCUCCUAUACCAAGAUACACCGUCUGGAAUUCUCGAAUUACCUGGUUCCUCAGGCCUUGGGUCUUGAGAAAACGUCUCAACCUGCAACAACAGCUGGAAACCGGGGUGGGAAGCCCUGUGGGGAAUAGAGUCCGGAAACAGGCUCGAAGGAAUAGGAAGCAGACCAGGCUCUGUCGUUGUCUGGGCGCAAUGAUUACGGGCACAUCGCGAUACUCUGCGCUCUUGUUCCGGACCCCCACCCCUGACCAUACGCCUCAACUGUCACCCGCUCCCUCAGAUAGUGACUCGGACGACGAUAACGCGAUGGAAGGCUGGCACUCGAACACCAGACCACUCAGCCUUGCUAUCCCCUCUUCCGGCACUCGACCGACCCUGGACGAUGUACUGUCCGGCGUUUCACCGCCGCCCUACACACUCUCUGCUUUCAUGGCUUUCCUUUCUCAGAACCAUUGUUUAGAGACCCUCGAAUUUACGAUGGAGGCGAAGCGGUAUCAGGACAAUUAUUACGCCGACCCCUCACGAACACAACAUCUCUGUAAGCUCUUCCAGAGGAUAUUGACAGCAUACAUCUUUCCUGCAUCUCCACGCGAGAUCAACGUAUCUAGUGAGGUCAGAGACGACCUCCUAAGCCAUUCAAACUCACCCACUCCACCUCGGCCAGAAACACUCGAUUCCGCCGUCAGGAGGAUGCGAGAUCUAAUGGAAGAGUCUAUAUUCCUUCCGUUUCUACACAGCCAAAGUCCACCUGCGAUAACACCACAUUCGCCCUAUGAUGAAACAAAAGCGGAGGAUGAUUCCCAAAUGCCCCGCCAUUCUUCCAUGCGCCGGCAACUCUCACCCCAGUCGUCGUUUGCCUCGCCACGCUCGCCUGUUGCCGGAUACUCUCUACCAUCCAACACGUCAGUGGGCCGGUCGGAAUCCCGAAGCUCGGGCCAAAGCUAUUCCCCAACCAGUGGUGACUUUGCGUCCGCCAACACUGAUGAUUCUGGAAGCAUGACAUCCAAUCCUAGUUCGGGUGAACUAAUGACGCCACCAACAACCCCGUCGUAUAGCGACGUUGGAUUGCAUGCUGGGACGCAGGGGCAGAGCCAUAGUCCCAAAGCAAGACCGGAAAAUUCAUGGAAGAAAAUGGGGUUGAAGCUUGGUUGGAAAAAGCGGCCAGGAGGUGGAGGGGGUGCUGGAUCGAGGGAUGGCCGGUCCCCUCCAACUGAAGAGGAUUAA